GAAAAAUUUCUCGCUCGAUCAUUCGUAAUUCGACUCCAGAAUAGCUCGGAAUGCACAGAAAAGGUAAACGAGCACAAAUCGCUCCUCGCGAGGAGGAGAAGAACCCCGUUAUCGGGGGCAUGACCUCGGAAGAGUCGGAGACGUCGUCGUCGUCGUCGCACGAAGAAAACCAAGACGACGACGCCGUCGGCAUCAUGUCCCAGUCCGACGACUCGAUGGAAGACGAGGUCUUCAGCGGGGAGGAAAGCGCGGAGGUAGCGGACGAGGUCUCGAGCGACGAGGUGGAAGACGAGGUGGUGCAGCCGAAACCCGAUCCGCGUCUCACCAUGGAAAUCAAGAAAAAUUCGUCCGACAGUCAAGAGGAUAAAGAGGAUGACGAGGAGAAGGACGACAGCAUGGACGCAGAUUCGCACGCGUCGGGUACAAAUUCGGAUUCCGAAGUCAGUGAUAAAGUCGCGAAAGGGGUGAGGUUCGAUCGUGACGACGACGAAAAGGACGACGAAAAAGACGAGGAAGAUGAGGACGACGAAGAAGAAGAGCCGGUAGAAGAAGUCGUUGAAAAAAAGACCAACAGUAAGAAGAAACAAUCAGCAGAGAAGAAAGCCGUCGUCGCUAAGCAAUCGUCGUCGAGUAAACCUCGCAAGCAGACGACCAACACCACCGGCAAGAGUACCAGUCGCGCGAAAAAGGAUCCAGCCGCUACAGCUGCGUCCAAUAAUACAGCUACGUCAAAAGUAACAAAAAGCCGCGCUGCUGCUACAGCUACAGCUACUAGUGGCGGCAGUUCCGGCGCAACAGCCAAAGAAUCGGCAGCGCUCAAGAGGAAGGCUACGACGUCCACCACCGAGGCCGCAGCCGCUGCAUCGUCGAGCAAGCCACGAAAGAUCGCCCGAGUCGCGAAUAAAGAACCCGCAGCCAAGAUGUCCGAGGUUUCGGCAAAGAGUCUCACGACCAAGGACAUGAUCAUCCAAGCCAUCAGCACCUUGAACGAUCGCAAGGGAUCGACCUCGCAAGCCAUCAAGAACUAUUGCGACAAGAAUUACGAGAUCACGGCCCAGCGCAAGCUGCUGAUCGGCAAGCUCUUGAAGAAGGCCACCGACGACGGUUGGCUGGUCCAGGUGGCCGGCACGGGCAUGAGCGCCAACAGCCACUGGAAGCUCAGCCCCGACAUGAAGAAGGACUUGCUGAAGACCAAGAAGAAGGAGGAGAAGAAGAAGGAGGCCAAGGAGAACGGCGCCCCCCCGGCGAAACCCAAGAUAGCGUUGAAGCACAAGAUGGUGCGCAGCAAAGAGGACGACGCCGUGCCAGCCAAGAAGAAGAGGACCGCUGCUGCUGCCAGCGCGGAACCUGCCUCGAAAAAGAAGGUAGCCAGCAGCGGCGCUUCUUCGAAGAAAAAAAUAGCUCGAGAAAAAAUGGACGAUCAGGAAGAUCAAGCUAUAGAUUGGACUUUCAUUCAUAAUCGGAUUGAAGAAGAAGGAUUGGACGACGAAUAUCCGGAACUCAAAGUAGGAACUCUUCAGAAAAGAACUCAGGCAGCCAAUGAUCAUUUAUCGACCAGAUUAAGAUGUUACAGAAAUUACAACGAUUACAAGGCAAUGAAGACUAGUGUAAAUUGUCAAUACGAAGAUUUUGCAGUUGAAAUGGAUGGUGACAUUGGUGCCGAUGAAGCAUUGUUCAAUUCCACGAUGGAUAGUAAUUGUACAAAAAUAAGCGAUAUACUUGUGUGCAACAAACAAAUUCCAGUUCUGUAUCAACUGAAGAACCUCUUGAAACCAAAAGAUAGUAAGCAAAAAACUGUGAAAAAAGAAUUACCCAAACAAAAUGAAAAAACUGUUCAAAAGUCCACAAAUAAAGGUGAUCUGAAUAAUUUUGAUGUAGUAGAUGAUACUUGGAAUGAUUUUGCACCUUCAGAUAUUCAAGGACACAAAGAAAGUUCGUCAAAUGAAAACAAGCUAUCUCAAGAAUCAGACAUUGAGGACAAUAAUACUUCUUCAAAUUCAAUAAAAGUUACAGAAAAAUUAAGCAACAAAGCAAAAUCAAUAGAUGUAACAGAUUUGAAAACAAAUGAACUGGCAAGUGCUGAUCAAUUAAUAGAUGAAAAUAUGACCGAUGACUAUCAGAAAUCUCCGGAAAUCAAAGUUCAAAGUGAACUUAAUAUUAAUAAAAACAAUAUGCUUACAUUAAAAAAUGUCAAGAUACUCACAUUAAAUACAAAAAGUACAAAAGUGAACAAAAACCAAGUGCCAGUGAAGAUAUCAAUUUUAAAGUUGAAAGCAGCAAUUAAACAGAUGAAAGUAGACUCUGAUAAUUAUAAAGAAAAUAAUAAGUUAUCAAACAAUAAAAAUGACGUUGAUAAACUUAAAAAUUUCAAUUCUGACAGUGAUAGUGAAAAGUCUGAUUUUGAUACAAAAAAUAAUAAAAAAAAUGUUAACAAUUCAUCUAAAGAUAAAGAUCAUUCAUCUAUAAAGUUGAGUGUAACUAAUGAUUCAAGUUCCGAGGAUUCUCUACUAUCAUAUGGUAGAAAAUCUUUGGAAAAGAAACCGUCUGAUCAAGAAAAUAAUUCUAUUAGUAAUGAUUAUGAUAAUUUUGCUAAUAGCGGUAGAUAUAGUACAUCUGCUGAAAAGAAGGAGCAAGAUUUAGACAGUGAUUCUGACCCUGAAAGAAUUCAACCUGGUCAAAAACAAAUUGAUUCAGAUGUUUCCGACAUAAAUGAUGAUCAAUUAAUAUCAAAAGAAUGUCAAAAUGAGUUUGAUGCUUUAUUAAAUGGAGAUGAUAAUUCUGAUACCGAUGGUUCUGCAAUGGAUAAUAAAUUGAGUACAUCUAAAGUAACAAUCCGAGGUGAUUCAAGUCACAAAAAAGGUUUUGUUAGUUUAUCUGACAUAGAAGAAAAUGAAAAGUCUUACGAAGUUAAUAACAGUCAGGAAAAUAAUUUAAAUGUUUCGGCUGUAAAACCCAAACUUUAUGACUCUAUUCUUAAAAGUAGAAAGUCAAAUGAAAAUGGAAACUUAGGUAGGCAAAGUUUGAAAUUAAAUCAGAAUAAAGUGAGAUUUCAAUUUACUGAAAAUUCCAACAAAUCUAGUGACUCUGAUCAUUCUGAAGACAAUAAAAUGAACAGUAAAAAACUUUCAUUAGUUAAUGUAAAAACUGAAUUACAAAAAAGCGUUCAACAAAUUGUUCCGCUCACUCAAAAACCAAAAGAAUUGAGUGAUUCUGCAAAUAGCUCUGAUUCUGACAGUACUUCUAAAACGAAAAUGAAAGAAAAAAAUACUCAAAAGCCAAAGGUAUCAAGUGAUUCUGAUUCUGAUGAAGAUUCCGAAAAAGAAUUGGCAAAAAUGCGGGCAUCAGCUUUCUCUCAAUUGACCACAAAAGCGAGCUCUGCAAGUGAUUCAAAGAAUUCCAAGCAAAAAAGCUAUAGAAAAUCUCCACCUCUGAGUCAAAAAUCAAAAGUUUCCAGUUCUAGUUCUGAGGAUUCUGACAAAGAAUUGGAGAAAAUGAAGUCAGCAGCUCUCUCUCAAUUCUUCCCCAAAAAGGACUCUGAUGACACACAAAAGAAAUUGGAUAAACCAAACUCGUCCAUACUUUCUUUAUUAGAGAAGGAUUCCUCGAGUGAUUCGGAAGCUAAGAGCGCUAAGAAAAAUCAAAAUUUGAAGGAAAAAUCGGACUCUGAAGAUUCUGAUGCAAUAUUGGAGAGCAUGAAGUCUUCUCAGUAUAGUCAAAAUAAUACCAAAAUAAGCCCUAAAAGUAAGUCGCCUAAAAAGUAUGGAAAGCCAUCGCAUUUGACUCAAAAACCGAAGGCUACGAGUGAUUCUGAUUCCGAAGAUUCCGAAAAAGAAUUUAAAAAAGCAAAAUCACCCACAAAACCGAACAUUCAUGUAAAGUCAUUGCUUUUGGCACAAAAAUCAAAGGUAUCGAGUGAUUCUGAUUCGGAAGAUUCCGAAAAAGAAUCGAAAAAAAUAUUAUCGCCUAAACAGAAGAAAAAUGAUAAAAAAUCGUUGAGUUCAGAUUCUGACAGUGCUACGCAAAGAAGAAAAAAAAGGAAAAUCUCUCUAUCGCUGACGAAAAAAUCUAAGGUAUCACAUGAUUCUAGUUCAGAUGAUUCUGAAAUGGAAUUCGAGGCGAAGAAACCAAUAAAAAGUACAAUAUCUGCCCCUUUAACUCAAAAACCGAAAGUAUCCGGUUCCAGUUCUGAAGAUUCCGAAAAGGAGUUGGAAAAAAUGAAGUCAUCAGCUUACUCUCAACUGAUCACCGGAGCAAGCUCUCCGAAUUCAAAGAAUUUAAAGCAAACAAGCAACAGAAAAUCUCCACCUUUGACUCAAAAACCAAAAGUUUCCAGUUCUAGUUCUGAGGAUUCUGAAAAAGAAUUGGAGAAAAUGAAAUCAGCAGCUCUCUCUCAGUUUUACACUAAAAAAGGCUCCGACAGUGAUUCAAAAAAUUCUAAGCAAAACAUCAAUAGAAAAUCUCAACCUUUGACUCAGAAACCAAAAGUUUCCAGUUCUAGUUCUGAAGAUUCUGAAAAAGAGCUGGAAAAAAUGAAAUCAUCAUUACUUUCUCAAUUCUCCGCCAAACAGGGCUCUGUCAGUGAUUUAAAAAAUCCUAAGCAAAACAUCAAUAGAAAAUCACCACCUUUGACUCAGAAACCAAAAGUUUCUAGUUCUAGUUCUGAAGAUUCAGACAAAGAGUUGGAGAAAAUUAAAUCAUCAGCUCUUUCUCAGUCCUUCACCAAAAAAGGCUCCGACAGCGAUUCAAAAAAUUCCAAGCAAAACAUCAAUAGAAAAUCACCACCUUUGACUCAGAAACCAAAAGUUUCCAGUUCUAGUUCUGAAGAUUCUGAAAAAGAGUUGGAAAAAAUGAAAUCUUCAACUCACUCUGAAUUGAUUACCAAAGCAGACUCUGAAGAUUCCGAUGCUAUAUUGGAGGAGAUGAAGUCUUCUGUGCACAGUCAAAACACUGCCAAGACAAGUCCUAUAAGUAAGUCUAGAAAUGAUUCGAAAAAUGAAAGAAAAAUCAGUAAUCCUAUGGAUUCUCUAAUGCAGACUUCUGAGUCUGAAGAUUCUGAUAAAGAAAUAGCAAAGAUAAGAUUAUCCAUGCAUGAUAGUAAAAGUCAGGAAAAAUCAGCUCCAAAUCUUUCCCCGAAGAAGCCAAAAGUGGAAGUGAAAAAGAGCGUUUCGGACGAUUUUCAGUUGGACAGCAAAGAGGGCAUCGAUGUCAAGCCACCGAAAAAAUCAAAGGGUCAAGUUCCGACGCACUUCACAUCUUCUUCGAGCGAAGAGUCAGAUUCGGAAUCUGCACGCAAGUCGCUCGUGCGUACGAUCGAAGAUAACGAAAAUCAAGCCAUGUCUCAAGAUAUUUUCAUGGGCCUUUCACAGAUCGAUUCCAAUGAAAAUAAACAAAGUACAGAGGAACAAGCGAUUCAACAAGCAAGCAUAGAUAACGAUCAAUCUCAUUUGGAAGAAAAUUCAGAGCAGAAAGAACAGAUACUACAAGCUGAUUCAAUCGUAGUUGAAGAGGUAAACGAAAAGCCCAAGGAACCGUCCAAAGAGAAACCGAAAGAAAAGCCAAAAGCAAAGCCAAAGGCCAAGCCAAAAGAAAAGCCAAAAGAGAAACCAGUGGAGAUUUCUCAGCUCGUUGAGAUGGAUCAUUUACAAGAAAAAUCAUUUACAACAACAUUUGCUCAGGAUGAUAUAUCAUCAGAUGAAGAAAUAUUCGUUGUCAAUUUACCUAAAAAUGCAUUCAAUACGAAUUUAGUUGGUCAAAAAUUGCAUAUUAUAAGGGGGACUUUGUCAAUUGGUGAUAAUAAGUAUGUAGCUCAACAAAAGCAGAAAUUACCCACGCUGUCAUGCGUAUUUAAAAAAAAUGAUAAAUCUGACUCUUACAAAAUGGUUAAUAUUCGGCCAUGUGCAUUCGUUACUGCAACCAGAAAAAAGCUUCACUCUGAUUUGGAUCAAACAGUUGAAUUCAAUGAUUCGAAGGCAGACCUCGAGACUUCUGUAGACACGAGUAUAUUAAUGAAUGGUAGCAAUCCAAGUAAUGAAAGUGUCAAACAGACCCCAAAAAAGACACCGAAAAAAUCACCGAAAAAGGACGAAAAUAAAACUGACGCAGUUUCUGAACUAACUAAAACGCCUGUAAAAAAUAACGAAAGUAAAACUGAAGAAAGUUCUGAACUGAAGAAAACUCCAGCUAAGAAAAAAGCACCUGCAAAACCUAAAAAUAAUGAAAACGCGGGUGAAGAAAAUACCGAAGUGAAGAAAACACCAGCUAAGAAAAAAGCACCUGCAAAACCCAAAAAUAAUGAACUCGUGGGUGAAGAAAAUACUGAAGUGAAGAAAACUCCAGCUAAGAAAAAAGCACCUGCAAAACCCAAAAAUAAUGAAAACGCGGGUGAAGAAAAUGCCGAAGUGAAGAAAGCUCCAGCUAAGAAAAAAGCACCUGCAAAACCUAAAAGUGAAAACGCGGGUGAAGAAAAUGCUGAAGUGAAGAAAACUCCAACUAAGAAAAAAGCACCUGCUAAAUCUAAAAAGAAUGAGAUCGUGAAAGAAGAAAAUUCUGAAUUACCAGAAGCUCAGGUUGAUAUAAAAUCGCCCAUAAAAGUUAUAAGGAACGAUAGUGUAAAAGAAGAUAAUUCUGAUUCAACUAAAGUUCCAGCAGAGGUAAAAUCUCCCAUAAAAGUUUCUAAGAAUGAUGGCGUAAACGAAGAAAAUUCUGAAUUACAGAAAACUCCAGUUAAGAAAAAAGCACCGGCAAAACCUAAAAAGGCUGAGAACACAAGUGAAGAAAAUUCUGAAUUGAAGAAAACUCCAGCCAAGAAACAAGCACCUGCAAAACCUAAAAAGAAUGAGAUUGUGAAAGAAGAAAAUUCUGAAUCAACAAAAGCUCCAGCUAAAAUAAAAUCUCCCAAAAAAACUGUUAAAAACGAUAACGUAAGUGAAGAAAAUUCUAAUUUGACGAAAUCUGCAGAGAAAAAGAAAACACCAGCAGAAUUACCAGCUACAAAAGAAAAUUCAAAAAAGAAAGCUGCAGCUCUUAAGAGAAAAUCAUCUGCGGCUCCUGAAGCAGUAGCAGCUAAGAAACCGCUUAUUGAAAAAUCAGAAUUUACUACAAAAUCAGAUUCCGAAUUCGAAGAGUUCAAACGGGUUAAAGUAAAUACUGAAAGCAAAAAAGUUACUAAUAAAAGUGUACUUUCUGCUUCACAAAUCUCUUCCCCGUCAAAACCAGUAAUAGUUCAUGAAGAUCUCAAGUUCAAUGACUCUAGCUCAGAUUCAGAUGAAAAUCGGAAUUCCAGUCUGAAUCUUAGCAAAAAUACCAUGUUCUCAUUUCCAGUAGUUAAUAAAAAAAAAUUAAAAGCUACUGAAAAUAAAAGUUUGGAAGCAUCAAAUUCGGAUUCUGAUGACGAUAAGGUUGAAAAGCCUACGCAUAAUGCUGUAUGUAAUCUUGAUGAAUUGACUUCUGAUACUGACAAUGACAUUCGUAAACCUGCCUUAAUACGACCACUGAAGAGUCCCAAAAAACAUCAAAAGAAAAUAAAGGAAACGAAGACGAAGGAAAUGAAAAUUAAGGAAACGAAAAUAAAGACGAAAGACAUUUCAAGCGGAGACGAAACUUCUACGUCACAAAAGUUUGAUGAAAAGCUUGCUAGUUUCAGCGAAAAAAUAUCAGCGAAAAAUGAGACAAAAGUAAAAGAUGACAUUAAAAAAGUUGAAAUCGUAGAAGAUAAUACAGAAGAUACGUCGGUUAAGAAGAAAAAGAAAAAGAGAAAGAAGGAGAAAGAGCUUGUGGAAAACGGUGAGAUAAAAGAUGAAACUAAAGAAGAAAUAUUAGAUGAAAAUCCAAAAAUUAGUAAGAAAAAGAAAAAGCAAACUGAUAACGAGGAAAUCAACGAAGAAAAUGACGAAGUUUCAAUGAAUAAAAAGCCAAAAAAAAGUAAAAAAAAUAAAAAGCUUGUAGAAGCUGAAACAAUAGAAGAAAGUAUAGAAGUUCCUUUGCAAGACAAGCCCAAAGUUAGUAAGAAAAAGAAAAACUUUGUCGAAGCGGUAACUGAAAAUGAAGUCACUGAAGUUGAACAACCAUCGAAAAAAGCCUCUAAAAAGCGCAAAGCUGAAAACGAGGCUGAAACAGCUCCGAAAGAGACAAAAAAGAAGAAAAAAGAAGCCGAAGCUGUCGUUUCUGCGCCAAAAAGGAAGAAAAAAGGAUCGGAGCCGAAAAACCCACUGAAUCAGGGUCAAAUUAUGGCUGAAAUUCUCAACAUCUGUGGCAAUUAUGCAGUCUCCGACGACACGGACACCUCAAAAAUGGAUUUGAGCGAGAACCAACUUUCUCCCGUGAAAAAAUUUUAUCAAUCGUCGAGCAGCGACGGCGAGGACAACAAAGUGAAGUUACAUAAGUCGUUCAAAGUUGAGGAUAAAAACGACAGCGGCGGCAGCUACGUGUUCAGCGACGCGAGCCGCAAAAAGAAGAAAAAAAAGAAGAAGAGACGUUCGGAAAAAUUUGAGCCGGUGCACUUUGACGAGUAAACGUGUGCCUCGAUGAAAUUUAAAUAUAUAUACUUUUCCACUCGCAGAGCUCUAUUUUCAGGGCUCAGAGAUAGCUAGGGUAUAUUUUAAAAAUGAACACAGUCGACGAUGAAAUGGUUUAUUCAAACAUUUAGAUCUUUUUUUUUCGUUCGUUCUUUAUUAUCAUCUAUACACCUAGGUGAAAUUUGUACGUCUUGUAUCGUCUCGUCUGCAUGAGAGAAAAGAGAGAAAGUAUUCGAUGUUUAAAACGUACUUGUAUUAUAUUUAUGUAUAAAAAUUGACUUCUUUACUCUUUCAUUUAGUCUGUUAACUCUCGUACCCUUUUUCGGCAACGCCAGAGGGUGGGAGGAGCCAUAAAUAAGUUUUUGUGUUAGAAUUUUUAGUUUUUUUUUCUGUUUAUAAAGUUGAUUUAAAAAAAAAAAGUAAAAGAAAAGUUUAUAAUCGAGUGUAUCGAGCCCAGUUGAAUUGUGUGCGCGCACUCGAGAAGGGAGAGAGAGACAAAACGAAGUGUAUCAACUCGCUUUUGUACGAGAAUAUGUAAAAAUAGUAUUUUUGCCGUACCUAAUAUAUAAUGCAUACAUUUAUAAA